UGGGAUAUAUGUAAGAUAAUUGUAAGAUACAUCAUGAAAGAUUAUAAAAGAUUUAGACUCACAGGAUAUAAUCAGUUAAGCUGAGAACUCUGAGAAAAAAAACUGCACCUGUACUGUAUUUAUAAUUCAAAUGAAAGUUUAUUUUCUCUUUAAAACCACCAACCAAAGGAUCAAAUUGUCACUUCUCCUUGAUUGUGGGCUUCUUUGGUAAGACAACAUCCAGGGUUGUUAUUGGAGUCGACGCAUUUGCAGACGAGUGAGCAGUGAUCUCUUAACACACAGUAACUUGUGGUUGAACAGAGCAUGUUGACUGCUUUGUAAAAUCCACUGCAUCAUUGUGUUAGUGAAUCCAGGUGACGAGUGUCAUGGCAGUCCAGUCUGUGAGAAUGGUGACUGCCAACAUGUUACUGAGUGUCUUCUUCCUCUCAGGUGCUUUGGAUGCUGAUCCGUCGGUUACGGAACUAUUCAUGACUGCACCUCAAGAGAUGGAAGCACUGAGUGGAUCUUGUUUGCAAAUCCCCUGUAACUUCAGUGCUAAAUCAGAAAAUAGAUUCAACAGCACAAGAACAACCUACGGAGUGUGGAUCAAAGAUACCGUUGACUUUGCCAACAAUCCAAAUGAUGUGAUUUUCAACAGUAGCAAGGUGGAUAAUACUUAUCCAAUGAAUCUAACUGGAGACCUGAGUCAGCAAAACUGCACCACUUUGUUUUCCAGUUUAAUCACAACAUACACAGCCACAUACUACUUCAGGAUGGAGAACGGUCCAUUUGUAGCAACAGCUGAUCGUGAUCCUCUUAAAAUAACAGUUAACGAUUCUCCUCCAAGUCCCAGUAUUGAGAUCUCAGGUGUUCUGAAGGAGAAGGAGUCUGUCUCUAUAAGCUGCUCAGCUCUCACUCCCUGUCCACACUCUCCUCCUAAACUCACCUGGAAUCUCCAACAAGACCCUCACAACAUUAUAGAGGAAAACAAAGAUCGAACCUUCACAACUAAAAUCCAGAAGAACUUCACUCUGUCAGACAAAGACGAUGGAUUAAACAUCACCUGUUCUGCCAGUUAUCCUGUGAAUGGAGGAAAAGAUGUCAAGACAGCAGAGCAGAGAAAGACUCUCAGUGUUUCAUACGCUCCCAAGGACACCUCUGCGUCCAUCAGUCCAUUAGGUCGGGUGUCAGCAGGUAGCUGGGUGAACCUGACCUGCUCCAGCAGAGCCAAUCCUCCCGUCAGCAGCUUCACCUGGUUCAAGAACAGCAAAGAUGGACCCGUCAAUGUAUCUGAAGGAGACGUUUACAGCUUUAAUGUCACUGAUGGAGGAGUUUAUUACUGUGUGGCCAUCAAUGGGCUUGGUAAUGAAAGAUCAUCAGAGGUCCAUAUUACUAUUGAAGAUACCCUUCAAGAAUUGGCUGCUGUUGUUGGAGGAACCAUUGGGCUCAUCGUACUCAUCGGCCUGGUUGUCUGUGUUUGGUGUUUAAAGUCGACACAUCAAACUGCACAACAGAGUCAGAAUCUGACUGUUGAAGAGACAGCAAGUGUACCAGAAGAGGACAUCCAUUACGGAGAGAUUAACUUCUCGAGGCGUGGACCUGAACUCUCCUUAGCCUUGGUGCAGGACAGUGGAGAGCAUCAGGACACGCUGUAUACACAGGUCAAAGUGUCCAAGAUGGCGAAAAACGCAACACAGACUGAUGACGUCCCCGAGGAUCUCUACGCUAAAGUGAAGAAACAAUGAGUGAUGUCUGUAUACUUUUUCAAGAAGUUUCAUCAGUCGGUUUGAAAGAGACAGGAGAAAAUGCAAUCUUCAGUUAUUUAAAGGGGAACUCAAAACCUCCACACACUGCAGCUCUGAAAGUUUAGCCAGUAAUCAUGAUGAAAUUCUUUUUUUUAGACCCGACAUAUGACGCCACCUGUGAGAUGAGAAAUAUAGGUCCUUAGGCUCUGAAUAUGGAACUAUUCUAAAAGACAGCUCUGUACACACCUAUCAAUGUACUAUAAUAUUAUAUUUACUUUUAAAAUGUUUGUAAUUUAGUUUCUUUCUUUACAUUUUCUACAAGGC